CGAGUAACAAGUUUGUAAAUAUGUUCUUGGAUAACACGAUGUGUUUUUUCAUAAACACAUUGAAAUCACAUGAUGUUUUUUAAUAAUUUUGUUUAAAAACACAAUAGGUUUUUCAAAUUUAGGCGCUAGUUCAGACCAGAUCAUUUGGUCAUGACCAAUAUACCAUCGCCUGUCAAGCGAGGCCAAACAUUGUGAUGGACGAUUUUGAAGCACCCAACUUUUCUCUUGGGCUCGAUUUCGAGUCGCAGGGACCCUCCUUCUCUCUCGGCUUCGACCUCGAUCUCGACUCUGAUAUUCCGCCUGUCAAAUGUCAAUCCUCAGACAUCAUUCACAUACAGGACUCACAGGAGUCUUCAGAUCGUGAACCUCAACGACCAGAUUUGAACCCUGGACCCGCCGCUCCUCAGAAUCUUGAGGAUGAACUCUUACAUUGCUCCAACGAACGUGAAUCGCUUCCCACACUGAAGAGGCUCAGAAGAGGUUCCCCUGUAAACGCGAAUGCAAACGAUUUUCACACACCCGCCGUUAAGAUUCAGUCUUCCAGAUUUGAAGCCGACGGCACCCGAAUAGAUUACGAUGACAUCGAAGAUUUCUCAACGGAUGAUGAUUUUAUGACAGAUAAUAACAAAAGCCUUAAAACCCCUCAAGUACGAACAAGUAGCAGUAGAAAACUUUCACUAAGUGGCCGGAAAGUUUUGACGAGUUCAUUAUCCCAGGCUGCUAACCUUACACCAACAAUUGCUGGAAACAAUAACUUGUCUAUUGGAAGGUCUGGUGAAAAACCAACUAGCAUGGAAAAGUUUCGCCCAUUUGGUAAAAUCCGCCAACUGAUAGGCAACUUUAGUGAUGAAGAAGACAGUGACAUGUUUUGUACAAGCUCGGUUGCAUCGGGCGCAGGAGCAACAUUGGGAGUUUCUAAUGCAACUACAAAAUCUGUAUGUGGCAACCCAACGAUUUUUGAAGUUGCUAAGCCGUUUGGAAGGAAAGAUCCACAUAAGCAUUUUAAUGUGAUCCCAAAUGCUAGUUUGCCCUCACCAGCCUUCGAUGAGUUCUGUGAUGAAUAUUUUAGUUCUCCCAGGCCAACCAAUAAUGUUGCUUCCAGUGAAGGACAUGAUUUUGUUGUUGAUAGCUCUGUGCCAUUGUCUUAUCAAUAUUUUGACAAUGAAGAUGUAAGGAUUCAAAGGCUAUUGCGCCAGCGGUUGCGACAUUUUUUGCCUAUCAGUGCCAUUCUGCAAAGUGAAGGGCAGGGUGCAGAGCAAAUAGAGAUUGAUUACUUGGGUCAGUUUGGUGGCAGUCGAGAUGCCAAAGGUUCAACUGGAGUAAGUUUACAGGGUCAGGUUCAAAAUUCUACUAAAAAGAAAUCUGCCUCGAGAAGGUUGACAAAGAGAAAGAGGCCUACCCAUCAUGACAAUGUAAACAAUAACUGGACUACCACAAGAAAUCGAAUCUGUGAGCCAGCAGCUCCAAGAGAUGCAGGAAAGCGGAGAGUUAGUGCCAGUGGUCGGUGGUAUACGGGCCAGUCAGGGAGAAAGAUUUAUAUCACAAAAGAUGGUCAGGAAAUGACUGGUAAAAAUGCAUACUUGACCUACAGUAAGGACACAACUAAAAAUCCUCGGAAGUCUAAGAAAAGGUUCAAGAAAAAAGCUGCCAAGAAAAUGUAAAGAUGUAUAAGCUGGUUAUAUCACCUGCAAUACUGUUCAGAUGUAUAAGCUGGUCUGGAAAUUGAUAUAUUCAUGCUAGCAGACGCUCAUCACAUAUCAUGUUUUUAAAAGAACCAAUAUUGUGCUGUGAAUUACAGCGGAAUUAUGUUUUAUGAGCAUUCUUGGUUUAGAAGUAUGUUUCAUUAUAAUUUUAUUCUCCUAGUAUGUACAUAAUGAUAGCCGGUCUUCCAAUUAAUGUUUUAAUACUUGUAAAGAGAAACAGAUGCUUUUUCAUUGAUCAUAUCUCAAGUUUGAGGUAUGCUCGUUCAUGGCGGAGAAUGUCGAUAGAGUUUUUCAAGCGACACUUGGAACGAUGCCCCACAUUUUAAAUUCUAGUGAAAAGUUAAACUACCCUUAUAUGAAGUUUCAGAUGAUUAUUUUUUA